GUCACAGCGCCCCCCAUCGGUUCUUCUUGGUCAUUACAGCAGUGAGUCUGUCGGUGGGCGGCUCAGCUCGGUGAUGCACAUCCGUUCUUCUGGAUCCUCAGGCCCGAUCAGAGGCAGGAGCAGCGGGGAGAGGCAGCAGGCAGGAGAACAAACACGUUAAAUCAGAACCAGGAAACUCUUCAGCGGCGCCAUGAAUUCCUCGACAGCGUCCGCCGCUCUGCUGUGUCUGCUGGCUGGAGCCGUGGCGGCCGUCCAGAGCGCCGAGCCAGUGUUUCUGGAGAAGCAGCAGGCGAGCUCUCUGAUCCGUCAGAAGAGGAGUUCGGCCUCCACCUUGGAGCAGGCCUGCAUGGAGAAGGUCUGCAGCUAUGAGGAGGCCAGAAGGUUCUUCCAGGACUCGUACCGUACGGAUAUCUUCUGGUCGGUCUACAUCGAUGGAGAUCAGUGUGCAGAAAACCCCUGUAAGAACGGAGCCAUGUGUUCGGACAGCGUUGGGGGCUACGACUGCGUCUGCAAAUCGGGCUUCUCAGGCGUCCACUGUGAAAAAGACCAGACUGUGUGCACCCUGGAGAAGGACAAAGGCUGCUCCCAGUUCUGUAAACCGGGCUACCUGUCCUACGAGUGUUCCUGCGCCCGCGGGUGGAGGCUCAAGAGUUCAGACAAGAAUACAUGCGAGGCUGCAGUCCAAUACCCCUGUGGUAAGGUGAACAGUCUGAGUCAGUGGAAUGAAAGACAGGCCAGGAACAUGCGCAGCAACUUCGAAGGCCUCUCCUGUACGUCUUCAGAGUGUCCCUGGCAGGCUCUUCUGAAGAGCUCAGAGUCGGAUGGUUUCUGCAGCGGAGUCAUUCUGAAGGAGAACCUGGUCCUGACUUCAGCUCAGUGCGCCACCAAAUAUCCUUCCUUCCAGGUGGCUGUCGGUAAGCGCAGCACCGCCUACACCAGUGGAGAGCAGACGCUGUAUGUGAAAGUGGUUAAAACUCACCCUCGCUGGGUGGAGGGUCGCCCUGACAACGACCUGGCUGUGAUCGAGCUCCGCGACCGCAUCGUCUUCAAGAGAGAGGUGGUCGCCGCCUGUCUGCCGGAGAGAGACUUCGCCGAGAGCAUCCUGAUGUCAGGGGAGAAUCCAGCUGUGGUCACCGGCUGGAAGGUCCCCGAGCAGGAGUCUGCCUUCCCGGGUGCGCUGUCCCUCAACCAGCUGGCCUACGAGAAGCUGCCCCGGUGUCUGGAGACUCACCCCAACCUGAUGACCAAUAAAAUGGGCUGCACCACGGCUCGCGCCAACGCAGACUGCAAGAUGAGCUCCGGCAGCCCCCUGCUCACCCUCUACAGGGACGUCUUCUUCCUCACCGGGGUGCUGAGUCAGCCGCCGGGCGCCGACUGCACCAAAGGCUACAUCUUCCAGAAGGUGUCACGCCACCUGGGAUGGCUGCAGCCGUUCAUGGCGUCCCGCUAGACCACAGGUGCCGAGCUCAUCUCAGCUCAGGGGCCACAUACAGCCCAGUUUGAUCCCAAGUGACCAGUUAAAUCACAGCAUAAUAACCUAGAAGUGACCACAAAAUAGCAAGUAACUCCAAAUAUUUCCCAUUGUUUUAGUGCAAAAUAGUACAUUCUGAAAAUGUUCACAUACACUACUCUGCAAAAGUUUGGGAUCACUUAGAAAUGUCCUUAUUUUUGAAAGAAAAGCAGUUUUUUUUUUCAAUGAAGAUAACAUUAAAUGAAUCAGAAAUCCAGUCUAGAAAAGGUACAAAAAUGGGGAAAAAAAAGAUACAAAAGGAAUUUAGCUGAUUACGUCAGGAAAAAAUGGUAAAAAAAUGAUUGUUUUCAAUGGAGAAAGUUGUUUUUUGCUUUUGGGAUUCAAAGACAAUGAAAGAAGCAAAACCAGUUCCUCAGUCAUGCAAGUAAAAUGUUUGAUGUCAAAACUGCUGAAAAAGCUGUUUCCAUUUUCAAUUAAGCUUAUGAACACUCUCUCGAAAGGCCUAAAAACUUUUUUAGUUUUUGCAAAAUUGAGAACCUUUAUUCAGAUUUAGUCAUUUCCAUUAACUUUUACUGAUGCAAUACUUUAAAAUGCACAUUAACUAUGUUGUGGAAACAGCUAUUGGCAACACUGACAGACUGACUGCAGCUUCACCAUCCUAUCUCAAUGGGCUGCUGUGCAAAAGAUGUAGGUGUCGGUAUCCACAUAGUUAUGCUGGUGGCGCUGUAGGUCCCUUCCAGCUGUGCUAUUGUUAAUGUGGUAAAUGACUAUUCUAGCUGGAAACAGCUGAUUUUUAAUGGAAUAUCUCCAUAGAGGUACAGAGGAACAUUUCCAGCAACCAUCACUCCUGUGUUCUAAUGCUACAUUGUGUUAGCUAAUGGUGUUGAAAGGCUAAUUGAUAAUUAGAAAACCCUUGUGCAGUUAUGUUAGCACAUGGAUAAAAGUGUGAAUUUUCAUGGAAAACAUGAAAUUGUCUGGGUGACCCUAAACUUUUGAAUGGUAGUGUUUAUUUUUACAAGAGAUUAUUAACAAUCUGACAUUUCUAAAAGGAAAAUAAGUGCAAUUUCAACAAUGUUAAGCCUCAGUUUAUCAUUUAUAUGUGUGCAUUACAACUUACGGAUCACAGUGUAUCUGUAGAGGCAAAGGACAAAUUUAAAAUAGCAGUUACUUUUAUUGAAAAAUUGCACUUCAUGUCUUCUCUGUAAUUUUUACACUUUGGAAACUCACCCUGCCGUAUGUUGGACACCCUUGCUAGAUGCUAGAUGGGCUGGUCAGGGCUUAUUCUUAGGAUAAUGCAGGUUCAUUCUAACGCUCUAAAAUAGUAAAUCUGAUCUGAUUUUCUCACUUCUAGCUCAAACUCGUCAUCUGUCUGUCAUAUUUUAGGAAUAUCCAGAACUAUUUAACCAACAUAUGCACUGUACUCUUUGUCCAUGCGCCGCCUCAUUUAUCCACAAGGUGGCUGUGUGGUAACAUAAACAGAGAAGCUCUUACUGCAUGUAUUUAUAAAGAGGGUCGGAAGCAGCAAGAGAUGCGUGAAUUAUUCAGCACGUGUUUUGUGGUGUGGACAUACCUUUUAAUAACCUUUAAGUGAUGUUAUUUUAGCUGUACUUGUUGACAUGCACCUUAAGACUUCUGUCAUUGUUCUAUGAAGGUAAUAAACCAUAAUACCACAUCUAUUGUCAAUAUUAAACCAUAAUACCACAUCUGCUGUCAAUAAUAAACCCUAAUACCACA